GACAGUGACGACAGUCUGGGCCCUUCGUUUCUUGAUAUAUACCUCCCCUUCCUGCCACGCCAAGUCUCCGUGCCCGUUCUCGUUCCCGACACUCUUCACUGACACGGCACACCAUUCACCCAACCAUCCCAUCUUCUACUCAAGCUCACGCUCACAUCCACGCCCACGACGAUGAAUCUCUCACCCAACAAGACGAUGCCUGCCAGCAAUGUUCUCUCGGAGCAGGUCCAGCUAGGAGGUACCUACGUCGACACCGUUGUCGAGAUAUCUGAAGAGCUGUUUCACAUGAAGGAGCUUCUGCCGCUAGUCAAGCUCCUGACCCUCGUCUACAAGAUGCGCUCGCCAACCCCCGAUGAAGAACAUCACAUGAACACCCUUUUGCGGACACUAUCAGGCGACAACCUCAACAAGACAACAACGGACCGACACCCCGAAGGAUUCACCAGAGACGAGAUCGUCAAAUCAUUCAGCAGGUUCCUGAGCCCAGUUCUCAAUGGCCUGACCGGUCUCGGUGACUUCGAGCAGGCCGUGGGCGCCGGCGAAGAUCCUGACUCGUUCCGCCAAUUCUGGGCUCUCGACGACAGGAAUCUGCUCUCUGACGCCGCUUCAGGCAGAGGCCCCCUCGCCGCAAGUACAGAACCCAUAAUUCCUUUCCUUGAGACCUUUGUCAAGGACCGCAGCCGGCGAGUAGCCUUAACCCAAGAUCACGGCGCCCUUGUAUUGGUACCCAACCAAACGAGGCCCGGUGACGAGAUCUGGAUGAUGUCACGCGCAUCGUCCUUGGUCGUCGUGCGCAGACUCGACCAGCCUGAGGAUUCGACGACGGACCUGAACGUCCUCGGCGAUGCUUACAGCCAUGGAUUUGUCAAGGGGAAGCCGCCACGGGGCUGCAAGCGACAGGCCUAUGACGACUUGGAGUUCUUGACAUCGUCCGUUGCUGUUGGCCUCGCCGGCGGCGUGCCGAGGUAGAGAAGGCCAUGCAUUGAGCUAUCUUGGCUCACAGCGAUUUGCUCACUCACACCCGUCUUGAUGGGCACGCGAGCGCAGAAGCAAACCAACAUUUCGCUGUGCAAUCUCUCAGCAUCAGCCACUUGGUCCGAAAGAUAGUCACGCCUCGUUCUGCGCCAUGGGCUGAUAGCAAUUCUCCCGCAUGCCCUUGCUGCUGAGGCUUGAUCGGAUCGCAACAUGUGUACUUAGGUACAUCAAUAAGCCC